AUGAUCGCGCUCCAGGCGAGUCUCGUCACAUUCCUGCUGGCCAGCCAAGCAGCAGCCACCCAAUACCACCUCGGCCCCCCGGGACGCUCCCACAAAUACACCCUAGACUCCAUCCGCCCCCUCACCGACCCGGACUCCGGCCGCACAAAGUGCUGUCCCGAGGGGACCCUCUUCGACGGCAACAACUGCGUCCUCGGCGUCCCCCGCUGCCCCGAGGGCACCGCCCUCAAGAACGGCCGCUGCUUCUCCACCACGCCGCCGGUCUGCGGCGACGGCCAGAAGCUCGAAGGCAAGGUCUGCGUCACCAUCACGCCGGCAACCUGCCCGCCCCCGCUGCAGUUGAAGGACAAGGCAUGCAUCUACGAGGCGCCCCCGAAGUGUCCCUCGGGCUUGGAGCUGAGCGAUAAGGUCUGCAUCUCGACCAAGCUCCCCGUCUGCGAGGACGGAGAUCGCUUCAACGGGAAGGGCUGCGUCAACAUCGUCGGUCCGUCGUGCCCUGAGGGAACUAGUCAUACAGAUGGUGCUUGCGUCAGCAUUCAACCGCCCAGCUGCUCCGGCAAGAGCCAAUAUGACAAGACCCUCCGUGCUUGCGUCCAUCAUCAGCCCCCUGAGUGUCCUCCGGGAACGACCGUCAAAGACGGAAACUGCAUCUCCGAGGGCCCUUAUUGUACCGAGGGAACGAAGUACGACGAAAAGACUCAAACUUGCAUCCUCACGACACCCCCUCAAUGCCCUCCUGGAGAGACCUUGGAAGGCGCACGAUGCAUCUCCACUCAGCCGCCCGUGUGCCCGCCCGGAACCGAGCUGGCCGCAGACCAAUCCUCCAGCACAUCCCGUUGCUGCGCCCCCGGUAUGAAGUGGAACGGCGAAGUCUGCUACUUCAAGGUCGUCGGUGACGGCCAGUGCCCCGAGGGAACCACCCUGGUCAACGACCGUUGCCAGACCACGACCCCCGAGCCUCCCGUCUGCCCUCCCGGCACCAAGCUCGAGUGCGAUCGUUGCAUGACCAUCAAGCCCCCCGUCUGCCCGCCCCGGUCCACCCGAGAGGGAACCAUCUGCUCGUCGAUCGACAAACCGGUCUGCCCCGACGGCAUGGCCUUGACCAACGGCCAGUGCAUCGCCUUCGUCUCGUGCCCCAGCGGCUCCGUCCUCCAAGGAAACGUCUGCGUCGUCGGCCCACCCAAGUGCGAGUCCGGCACGUUCAACGGUGUCAACUGCGUCGUCGACAGGCCCAAGUGCAAGAACGGCGGCUACUACGACGGCGACGACUGCGUCGAGAGCGGAAGCCCCAGCUGCCCCGACGACACGGUCUACGACGGCACCCGGUGCGUGUCCACCGUGCGACCGGAGUGUGCCCAGGGCCAUCUGAGCAACGGCGCCUGCAUCUCGUCCACCCCGCCAGUCUGCGGCGAAGGAUCGACCCUCGUCGGGGGCGUGUGCCUGACGGGAGCGCCCAGCUGCCCGAAGAACCAAGUUCUGCAAGGAAACGAGUGCGUGCACGUGGAAGAGCCCGACUGCCCGCCGGGCCACCAGUGGAUCGGCGGCGUGUGCAAGAACGUCGAGGAGGAGACCUGUCCCCCGGGCUACGUCUACCGGAACGGCGACUGCAUCACGGAGGACAAGCCCGAGUGCGAGCUCGGCACCCACUUCAACGGGACCGUGUGCGUCGGAGACGACCCGAAGUGCGAGGAGGGUACCGUGUUCGACGGCGUGCAGUGCAGGGCCAAGGAGGAGCCCAAGUGCCCCGGCAACCUCAAGUUCAACGGCUACCACUGCGUUUCGGAGAAGCCUCCCGGAUGCCCUGCCAAUACCAAGUGGGACAAGGUUUCCAGGCAGUGUAUCAGCGAGUCGAAGCCGGUUUGUGGCCAGGGACAGAAGUUCAACGGGGUCCAUUGCGCGCUUUCGACCGAUUGCAUGGAGUUCGAGUACUGUCCCCCUGGGCAGAAGACUCUGCUUGGCGCCAUGUCUGGAUUGACGCGCUAG